GAAUUUAAAAUUAACAGAUGUUAUUUUUCUUUAGUUAUCAGUUAAUUGGUUGGUUUCUCAAAUUGACUCGUAAUUUGAGUGAAGUUUCAAAUUUCUUUAACGUGUCUAUUUUAGUUUGAAACGCAAAACAGGAUAAACCGGUUGUGAGUUUAUCGGAGGUGGACAAUCCGGAAGGCGAACAACGAGCUCGGAUUUGAACGUUCAGACGUGUCACUCGCGGAGUUCAAGCUGCCGUGGAUGUCGCCAUAAACAAGAACAGAGACAGAGAGACUCGUGGGACAGGUCGCCGGCAGAGUGGUCAUUGAUGAGCCCCGGUUGUCGCGGCAACAGUAGUUGAAGACGUCGGCCAGCAUGAAGGCUUUGAUCCUAGUGGGGGGCUACGGCACCCGCCUGCGACCGCUCACUUUGAGCGUGCCCAAACCGCUGGUGGAGUUCUGCAACAAGCCCAUCCUGCUGCACCAGGUGGAGGCCUUGGUUAAGGCCGGGGUGCAGCACGUGGUCCUGGCGGUGAGCUACAUGUCUGAACUGCUGGAGCGAGAAAUGAAAAUCCAGGAGCAGAGACUUGGAAUUCGUAUCUCGCUCUCACAUGAGAAGGAGCCUCUCGGAACUGCGGGUCCACUGGCGCUGGCCCGUAAGCUGCUGGACAUCGACAACGAGCCCUUCUUCGUUCUCAACUCGGACGUCAUCUGUGACUUCCCCUUCCAAGAUAUGCUGAAGUUUCACUGCGACCACGGCAAGGAGGGCACCAUUGUGGUGACUCGCGUGGAGGAGCCCUCCAAGUACGGCGUGGUGGUGUUCGAGGCGGAAAGCGGCAGGAUCCAUCGCUUUGUGGAGAAGCCGCAGGUGUUUGUGUCCAACAAGAUCAACGCGGGCAUGUACAUCUUCAAUUCCAGCAUGCUCGGCAGGAUCCAGUUGAGACCGACGUCCAUAGAGAAAGAGAUUUUCCCGGUCAUGGCUGAAGAGGGACAGCUGUACGCCAUGGAGUUGCAGGCUCAGAGUUCCACCAGACGUUUCUGGAUGGACAUCGGUCAGCCCAAAGAUUUCCUCACUGGAAUGUGCAUGUAUCUGCAAUCGCUACGCCAACACUCACCUGAGAAGCUGCGCACCGGGCCCGGUUUUGUCGGCAACGUUCUGGUGGAUCCGACUGCCCGGAUCGGCGAGAACUGCACCAUCGGGCCCAACGUGACCAUCGGGGCCGGCGUGGUGGUGGAGGACGGCGUGCGGGUCAAGCGCUGCACGGUCCUGAAGGGGGCCCGAGUACGCUCGCACUCCUGGCUGGAGAGCUGCAUCGUGGGCUGGAGCUCGUCCGUGGGCCAGUGGGUCCGCAUGGAGAACGUGACGGUCCUGGGCGAGGACGUGCUGGUCAACGACGAACUUUACCUGAACGGUGCCAACGUCCUGCCGCACAAGUCCAUCAGCGAGUCGGUUCCGGAACCGCGUAUCAUCAUGUAGUCCCCAAAACACUCGUCGGCUUCUUCUGUGAACUCCACUCAACAGCCAAAACUGUACCAGAGAGGCCGGAAUUGGUGGGGGAACAAACACCCAAACCUUUGGGUUGGGUGCGGGGGCGGAGGGGGCCCUAACCUUAACCUCUGCUUGAGUCCACCUUCACUGAUUGGUCCAGAUUGAUGUCAUGUGAUGAAUGUAGCAGGAAAAAGCUGCACAAGGACCACACUUGGAUCUCAAAGUACUGAGCAAUGCUCAAAUUGGCCACUGGAGGCCAGCAGAGUCACCUCUACACUGGAACCUCUAAAGUCCAAACGUAUUCAUCUUUCAUAUUCUUCAGCUUUCACAGAAAUGAUCUGUUCCUUGUUUGAAUUGUGAUCGUCAUAAAAUGACACUUUUCCUGGCUAACGUCGAACGUAAGAGUGAAAACCGGAAGUCGCCCGCCGUUAAUCGUUGAACAUUUACGUUUAGCAUCGAUAACAAGCAAUGAAGUAGACGCAAAGACGGUGACGCUGAAGUCUUCCUGUUUUACAUCAUGAAUUCAUAACUUCUCGUGUAUCUUUUACUCUACAACUUCUUGUGCGUCUUCUGGACUGCUUCGAUGGUCCUUAAGGAAGACUUGGUACUUUGGACUUUUCGAGGCCUGAAUAUAGAAAAUCCAGAAAAUUGUUCGCGUGUACAUCACUGCACACAUAAAGAUUCUGCUUGACCAGCGAUGUUGAAAUCUCAUGCGAUCGUGUGUGGGUGCAGAUUAAGCUUUUUUUUUUUUUUAAUUAUUCUUUUUUUUUUUUUUAAAUGUACUUAUUGUAUUGUUUCCUUUUGUUGAGUUGCUGCGUUAUCUCUUUAUUUUUGGACUGUAGAGUUUACACAUUAGUGUGCUUCUCUUAAAAAUAAUAAUAAAGUAUGAAUUAGCACAGUC